CGUGUGAUGCGGAGCAGCCGCUCGGUGUGGCCGCUGGCGGGGGAAGUGCGGCGCUCAGCCCCUCGCAGCUUGCCCGGGAGGGGGGAGACAGGCAGGCAGGCAGGCGCCGAGCUCAGCCCCGCGCGCCUCCCCCGGCUCCGCUCCCAGCGCCGGCGGGCUCGGCUGCCGCUCGCCUGCUGCGGCCGGGCGCGGAGCUCCCCGGGGAGCGGAGCAGGGCGCCCCCGCAGCGCACCGGGGACGGAGCCGGGCUCGGGGGGAAGGAGCCGGGAGCUCGCACCUGGAGCGCGGCAGCCGCCGCUGGCCGAGCCGGCAGCAGCAGCCGUCCCCAUGAUGUGUGAGACGGGACUGAUCUCCCCGGAGCCCUCCAGCCCGAUGCAGUACUACGGAGAGUCCUCCGACACCUACUACCAUGUUGACCGCUGGCAGAAACUCCGGACGGCCGUCAGGAAGCUGGAGUUCUGGGAAAACUUCAAUGCUGAGCUGAUAGGCAGCGGCUUCUUCUCCAAGGUUUACAAGGUGACUCAGAGUGCGACCUGCAAAGUGAUGGUGGUGAAAAUCUACAAGAACGACGUGGACCAGGAGGUGAUAGUGCGCGAGAUUAGCUUGCUGCAGAAGCUCUCCCACCCGAACAUUGUCAGGUAUCUUGGGAUCUGCGUGAAGGACGAGAAGCUGUACCCAAUUCUAGAGUACGUUAACGGUGGGUGCCUGGAAGAGCUCCUGGCCAGCAAGGAGAUCACCCUCAGUUGGAAGGAGAAGGUGGACUUGGCUUCAGACAUCACCAGGGGGAUGAUCUACUUGCACUCCAAGAACAUCUACCACCGGGAUCUCAACUCCAAGAACUGCCUCAUUCGCGUGACCCAGCGGGGCCGGGAAGCCUUGGUGACGGAUUUCGGUCUGGCCAGAGAGGUGGUGGAGCUGCCCAUGAAGAACCCGGAGAGGAAGCUGUCCCUGGUGGGCUCCGCCUUCUGGAUGGCCCCUGAAAUGCUGCGGGGGGAGCCGUACGACAGGAAGGUUGAUGUGUUCUCAUUUGGCAUAGUCCUGUGUGAAAUACUGGGCAGAAUCCCCGCUGACCCCGAAGUGCUUCCCAGAACGCAGGAUUAUGGCCUUGAUGUUGCAGCUUUCCAAGGAAUGAUCAGUGAAUGUCCCAAGCGGGUUUUGGACCUAGCCGCUAGUUGCUGUCGGGUGGAAGCAUUUAAGAGGCCCUCUUUCUGUGAGCUGCUGGAUGAACUGGAAGACGUAGCAGAGAGUUUGGAGGCUCUAAAGGAUAAUCAGCUGUCUGGAUGAUUGCCCAGGCUCUUCUGAGCCCUGAUGGAGUCAGACUCAAACUGUAAAUUACGUGUACAUCAGAAAAGGCGAGAGGAGAAAGAGCACAAGGGUGAAAAAGCAAAGUAAUGCCCUGGUAUUUAUUUAAUUGUAUUCUCUUUCUCACAUAGAAAGUGUGGCUUGAAAAAUACAAAGGUGGACUUUCCAAGGGUUUUUUUCUAGCUGAAGUUUUUAACAGAAAUAAUUCCAACACUGAGCAGUCUUUGCUUGGUUGUUUUUGUUUUUUAAAGAAGAAGAUACUAAUUUCUGAUGUAAAUAUAGAAGGUGAGAGAUUCUGGAGGGGCGCUUGAUAAUUGAAUCUCAGCUGGGGAUGCUCUCUGAAGCCCAGGAUAGAAGUGUGGCUCUCCCCACCCCCCCCAUAGUCCUACCUGUGUCUCAGCCCUCCAGCCUUCAUCGGAGCCAUCUCUGGAGGCUGUGGAUUUGGCGUUGUGUAAAGGGGAAGGGGAGGCAUGGCAGACUGUGAGCUAGUAAAGUCGCCUUAUAAUACAUAGCCUUAAAACCGUCCUCCAGUAGCCUUGAGAGGAGAGGACGUUCUGUAAUGUCUCUGGUCAUGUGACCUUCCUAGAAACCGGCCAGCGUCCAAGCACGCUUGUUGUGCUCAGAGCAUUUUGGGGGGCUCGUGUAGACAGAGGGUGAUGGUUUGGGAAUCCUGAUUGGCUGCUGAGGAAGUUAAAAUUGCCUGUUUGUGGAACAUUCCACUGAGACGGGGGUAUUUGCUUGAAAAAAUAUAAACGAAUGAACCAAUAUAUACCUUUGGAAAAGC